AUGACGGUAACUAAGCUUUUAUUCGCGGGAGGACUUGAUGAUCAAUCUGAGACAUGGACUCCAUACUUGGAUAAUGUUCAACAGUUCAUCUGUAAUUGUAUUCAGAAAGGUCUUGGUAAUUUUCAACCAACCGAGUCGGAAGGCUUACUGUAUUUCAACGAAUGGAACAGUCUUAAUUACGUAACCGCUUUGCUUUUGUUGGUUCUGGAUUACGCAGAAGUUGUUGAUCCGGAUCUUCAAUGUGGCGAUACUUUAGUUACUCCAGGCGAUCUUUAUAAUUUUGUUCAGCUUCAAGUGGAUUAUAUUUUGGGGAAGAACCCGUUGAACAUGAGCUAUAUGGAUGACAUCACCACAGAGCGUCUUCAAUUGUUUCUUACAAGGAUGACAUCACAAAGGUUUCGUGCGAAGUGCGAACAAGGUUUCCAUGCAUGGUACACCAAGACUGAACCCAAUCCAAAUAUACUUUCUGGGGCAGUUGUGGGAGGUCCUAAUAAAGGAGAUCGGUUUACGGACACAAGAGAUAAUUAUAUACAAAAUUAG